GCUACGUCACAUUGUUGUGUCGGAGCGGAGGGCGCCUCUUCUGCUCUUCACAUGUCUCCUGCCCGUGGAAACACCGUCUGAGGAGAAGCGGGGUGUCCGUCCUGCUCUGGGGGGAUUCGCGGAUCCGAAACCGACCGGCACCGUCUGCGGGAAAUAGGGAAUGAACGACGAGACAGCCCCGGACAGCUGGAAGAAUAACUCCGGGUGCUCCAGUAUUGAGCAAAUGCUGGCUGUGAGUCCCGGAAAGACGCCGAUCAGUCUGCUGCAGGAGUAUGGAACGCGGAUAGGCAAGACCCCAGUGUAUGACCUGCUGAAGGCCGAGGGACAGGCCCACCAGCCCAACUUCACUUUCCGCGUCUCCGUUGGAGAGAUCAGCUGCACCGGCCAAGGGCCCAGCAAGAAGGCGGCCAAGCACAAAGCAGCCGAGGCUGCUCUGAAGAUGCUCCAAGAAGAACUCGAGGGUCCCACAGUAGUCGGUGUUGGAGUAGAAGGUAUUAUUGCGGUUGAAGUGUCUACCGAUGGAGACAGCUGCAAGACAGAGAUGAAGACCUCAAGCCUUUCUCAGCAGUCUGAAUGUAACCCCGUGGGGGCUCUGCAGGAGCUGGUGGUGCAGAAAGGAUGGCGUUUGCCAGAGUACACGGUCACUCAGGAGUCUGGUCCUGCACAUCGAAAAGAGUUCACCAUGACCUGCAGAGUCGAGAGAUUUGUGGAAAUCGUCUCCGGUUCAUCUCCAGGAAGUGGAACGUCCAAGAAACUAGCCAAAAGAAACGCAGCAGCUAAGAUGUUAUCGCGUAUACACGAUGUUCCGGUCGACCUGAGGACCACCCACGAGGUGGAUGUGGAGGAUGAUACGUUCACCGUGCACAUUGGGAACAAAGUUGACUCGGGUAAAAGUAAAAGCUUCAGCUGCACAUGGGACUCUCUGCGUAACUCUGCUGGAGAGAAGAUCCUCCAGCUCCGCAGCCACCCUCUGGGAAUGCCCUCCGACUCCGACUUCUGCUCCUUACUGAGUGACCUGUCCGUCGAACAGAGCUUUGACGUCAGUUACUUGGAUCUGGAGGAGCCCAGUCUGAGCAGCAUGUGCCAGUGUCUCGUGGAGCUGUCCACGCAACCAGCCACAGUGUGCCACGGCUUUGCCCCGAGUAAAGAUGCCGCUCGUGCCCACGCAGCCCACAAUGCACUGCACUACCUCAAAAUCAUGGCUGGAGGGAAAUGAUGUCAAGUCAUCUUCCUACUCGCAGACUCGAACUCGCAAAACUGCACAUUGCCAGGAUGAAUUUCCACUUUGGACGACGGAGGGAACUUUUGUGAUGAGUUCAAAAACCGUGAAUUACCUCAGUUUUGGAGAAAAGAAACUUUUCAUGUCCCCCCAAGUUUAAACCCUGGAGCCCGAUUUGGCCACUUUGAUUUCUAAAUGUCGCAAUUGAACAUUAAGUUGCCCAAAAAUUCAUGAACACUCCUCUUCUUGCAAAUUAUUUAAAAAUUCCUUUUCAGUCACUUUCAUUUUUGCUUGUCAGUACAUACAGAGCUCUCUUUUUACCUCAAAUCAAGAAUUUACAAAAAGUCUUUAUCUGGAAUUUUAAAUGGUGCUUUUGUCAAAAACUGGAGACGAAUUCAGGUGCAACGAAAAAAAAGAAAUUGGACAAUGGAAUCGCCGAUCUCAUGGAUGGACUCGAAAAAAAUUAACAGCCAUGACACUGAAUCAUGGAGGAAGAGACUCUAUGAUAUGAUAAAUAUCAGAGGAGAAUGGUUUUAAAGACUGGCCCCAUUACACUUGAGCUUGUUUGAAUCUUUGAAAAUGUUUUUUUUGUGUCUUGUAUGUUAAUUUGAUCCCCUGAAACUCAAACAGUUUGUCGCUGCGAUGCUCUGAAUGUUUGGCCUGAAGGAGCUGAGUUUUUUUGACGUGCUUCCCCUGUCGUUUUAAAACUCAGAUGAAAUUAACUCUUUGAUUUGUAUCUGGCACAUAAUUGGGUUUGUUUGAAAUUAACCCUCUCUAAUAAUGUUACACUCUGGUAUUUACUGUAGUAUAGGGUCAAUCAAUCAAUCAAUCAAUCAAUCAAAUUUAGUAGAAUCAUAUGGAGGGAGCAGUGAGCUUGGGUGAUAACAUGGCUAUCAGAGCAUUUUAGGAACUCUCACAGUGAUCAUGAGAACUCUACAAAAGAAAACAGUGAGCAUAAUUUAAAAUCUCCUUAUUGGGUCAGUUCACACACAAAGUUUCACAUUUGGGAGUAAAACAACACAAAAUGUGAUUGUAACAAAGAUUUCCCAGUUUCUCUAUUACCCUGCAUUCACUUUGCAUUCAGACCAAUAUAAAUCCAUUUCUGUGUGAAUCAAAGAGCUGAAAAAGAACUAUGAGUUUUCUGAUAAGGAGUUGUUGUUGUUGUUGUUGUUAUCAAUAGAACGUUAGACAAAACCAAUCGAUUUUCUUUUAGAGUCAUCAUUCAGAUAAAUAAUAUCUCAUGUGCCGUUUCAAAGAUAUGAACUGACGAUUGUUUUCUUCUUUAUAAUUCGUACCCCUGUGAUUACUUUUCUCUUUUCUCCGUCAAUGUGACUGAUUCCUGUGACAUUAUUUAAAAAAAACUGUUGACACCUCCGUCUUGGUGUGAACUCUCAUUACCACCUCCGUUACUGCAGUAGCUAAUCUGUCAAUACAAUUCCUUGCACUCUGCUGAAAUAAGUAUUGGAAAAGAGUCGGAAACAGUUUGCACUAGUUGAAAAGAUAAUGUCCUUUGCACAGAUGCAGGCUGAACAUGUUCGAGUGCAGCGGGUUUGACGCAACACUGACCUCAUUUUGUCUGAAACGGCAGAUCUGCAUUUUGUUAUUCUGAGAUAAGGAAGUUAUCUCCUGGUUUUAGUGAAUUUUAUGUGCUGACAUUAUUCAAUUUGAGACAGUUCUUUGUCAUAGUAAAAUUGUUGCCCAGUUUAAAAUAAAUAAAGUGUGAGCUCCAUGUGAAAUUGA